UCUUCGUUCAUCUCGUAAUUAAAGCCCGCCCCAUUCAUCCUUCGAUAAGAUCGAACAAGGGAGAAAGCUAGGGUUUUUGUUGAAACCCUAGGUCCGUUCUGUUGCUCCCCGCCAUCGAUCGAUGAGAGGACCAGAAGGAGAAGAGGUUCUUGGGCCUCCGCCGAUGAACCAAUCGAGCGAGGAGAACCCGCCGCCCCCGCCGGAGGCCGGGGAGGCUGGCAUUCUCUCAUGCGAGCUGAUGGAGGACCGGGAAGCGGCGAAGGGAUCGCAGCUACCCGUAUCCCCUGCGCUCUCCCCCUCGUUCGUCGCGGGAGAAGAGAACCCCCCCGCCUUUGAGCUUGAUGCCGCCGUGACCUCCGGCGUAGCCGGAGGUGAUGAUUCCUUGGAGGAAGAGGCCUUUCAGAUGACUGUCGAUGUGGUGGUGGAGCGCCGGGAGGAACCAGUGCUCCCGGGUUCCGCUGCGGUGUCCUUGUCCUCCUCUGACGGAGAAGACAAGAAAGCUCCGAUCUUGGAGACUGAUGCGGCCAUCACCGGUGGCGAUGCCGGACGUGAUGAUGUCAUAGAAGAAGAGGCUUCUCGGAUGGCUGUAGAUGUGGUGGAACCUCAGGUGGAGCUCCCAUGCCCUAGUUCCCUUGUGGAAUCCCCAUCUUCCCAUGCGGAGGACGGGAAAGGUCCUGUUUUUUGGCUUGAUGCGGCCACCACGUCCGGCUUCGCCGGCGGUGAUGAUUCCCUAGAAGAGGGGGCCGCCCGGAUGGCCAUGGACGCGAUGGAGCCCCAGGGUGAGCCCCAUCGCCCGAGCUCCCCCAUGGGAUCCCCCUCAUCCUCCGGAGGAGGAGAAAAGAAGAAAGAUCUUGCCUUUGAGACUGAUGAGGCUGCCAUCUCCCCUGUUGGUGGCGGUGACGUUGCUGUGGAAGAGGAGGAUGAGCGGAUUGAGACUGAUAAGGCUGCCAUCUCCCCUGAUGGUGGCGGUGACGUUGCUGUGCAAGAAGAGGAUGAGCGGAUUGAGACUGAUGAGGCUGCCAUCUCCCCUGUUGGUGGCGGUGACGUUGCUGUGGAAGAAGAGGAUGAGCGGAUUGAGACUGAUGAGGCUGCCAUCUCCCCUGUUGGUGGCGGUGACGUUGCUGUGGAAGAAGAGGAUGAGCGGAUAGCUGCAGAGUCCCUGGUGGUGUGUGUGAGGAGAGGUGGAGGGAGAUGGAAGAGAGGCCGACCACAGAAGGCACACGUUGGGAGGGCUCCAGCCAGGAGGAAAGAAGAGGAGGAAGUGUGUUUCAUAUGCUUUGAUGGGGGUGAUCUCGUAGUCUGUGAUCGUAGGGGCUGUCCAAAGGUGUAUCACCCUUCAUGUGUUAAUCGGGAUGAGGCCUUCUUCCGGGCGAAGGGGCGAUGGAACUGCGGAUGGCAUAUUUGUAACAUCUGUGAGAAAUCCUCACAUUAUAUGUGCUAUACAUGUACGUAUUCUUUAUGUAAAGGAUGCAUCAGAGAAGGUAGAUUUAUAUGUGUCAGAGGAACUAAGGGCUUCUGUGAAACAUGCAUGAACACCGUGAUGCUUAUAGAAACAAAUGGGCAUGGAAAUGAGAAAACGGAUAGAGUAGAUUUUGAUGAUAGAAGCAGCUGGGAAUUCUUGUUCAAGGACUACUGGUUAGAUCUGAAAGGAAAGUUGUCCUUGACAUUAGAAGAACUGAAGGGAGCUAGAAGUCCACAGAAGGAUUCUAAUUUAAUCUCUCUCAAGGAGGAAUCCUCUGAUGAUCUCUGUGAUGCUAAAAAUGAGCAACAAGCUAGUUCUGACAGCUCUUCGGGGCACCCUGAAGAAAGAAUUUCUCCUGGGAAGAAGAUUGAAGAAAACAUCUUUGCAAAGAAAAAGGGGAAAAAACGAUCUCGGAAAACCACUAACAAGGAAACCUUAAUGAAAGAACCUGAAAAUACAGGGACGUCUACCUCCAAGGACAUUAGUUGGGCUUCAGAGGAGCUGUUAGAAUUUGUGGCGCACAUGAAGGAUGGUGAUAUAUCUGAGCUAUCCCAAUUUGAUGUUCAGGCACUUUUACUUGAAUAUAUAAAAAGGAACAAUCUUCGUGAUCGCCGCAGAAAAAGCCAAAUUAUCUGUGAUUCAAGGCUUGAAAAUCUGUUUGGGAAGUCACGUGUGGGACAUUUUGAAAUGCUUAAACUUCUUGAAUCACACUUUCUGAUGAAAGAGGCUUCACCACUUGAUACAGAUGACAAUCAAGGAGGGGUUGUAGAUCCUGAUCCAAUGGAUGUUGAAGGAAUUAGUGAUGCCUCAAUUAUGACGACUUCAGAUAAUAGACGGAAAUCACGUAGAAAGGUUGAAGAAAAAGAACCACAGACCAAUAUUGAUGAUUAUGCUGCAAUUGAUGUUCACAACAUCAGUUUAAUAUACUUGCGUCGUAACCUGAUGGAGGAUUUGCUUGAUGAUAUUGAUGCAUUCAAUGAGAAGGUUGUUGGAUCAUUUGUCAGAAUACGGAUUUGUGGUGUUGGUCAAAGACAAGAUGUAUAUCGCCUGGUGCAAGUUAAAGGGACAUGCAAAGCAGCAGAGAAAUAUAAAAGUGGAAAGAAGACAACAGAUGUAAUGCUGGAGAUACUAAAUUUAGACAAGACGGAGGUAAUAACCAUUGAUAUCAUUUCAAAUCAGGAGUUCACUGAGGAGGAAUGUAAACGCCUCAGGCAAAGCAUAAAAUGUGGAUUUAUUGGUCGACUGACUGUGGGAGAAGUUCAGGAGAAAGCUCGGGUUUUACAGGCUGUCAGAGUCAAUGAUUGGUUGGAAAGCGAGAAGUUACGACUUGCUCAUCUUCGUGAUCGUGCCAGCGAAAAGGGUCGCAGGAAAGAGCUUAGAGAAUGCGUGGAAAAGUUGGGGCUUCUGAAUAUGCCUGAAGAGCGCAACCGUAGGCUAAAUGGAGUUCCUGAAAUACAUGCUGACCCAAAUAUGAGUCCAGAUUAUGAAACAGCUGAGGAAGAGGAAGAGCCAGAUAGUAAAAGACAAGAACAUGCAGAUCACUAUAGUAGAUCAAGGGCCUCUGCCCUCCUUAGGAAAGGAAGGGAAGUAACAUCUCCUGGGAGAGGAAUUUCCAUUUCAGGUGAUAACUGGAAUGGUUCACGGAAAAAUUCAAACAUCAUGGAGUCAAAUAGGAGUAUACUGAGAGAAGGUGCUUCUUCUAAAUCUGCUAGUAUGGUUGGUAUAACAAAUGAGUUAUCUUGGAAACAAGGAAAUGAUGUGCACGAGACAAGAAGUUGGGAACCUCCAAAAAUGCCAACAAAUGCAACUGGUUUGGAGACUGGUGCUUGGAAUAAUAACCAGCACGGUUUAAGACCCGCACAGUCAUCUGGUGUUCAACCAGAAACUCCAACAGCAUCUCUAUCAACUGGUGUUGUGGUACCAUCUAAUGCAAAUGAGUCCGAGAAGAUCUGGCGCUAUCAAGAUCCGUCUGGAAAAACCCAAGGGCCCUUUUCGAUGAUGCAGUUGCGAAAGUGGAGUACAACUGGAUACUUCCCGACUAACUUGAGGAUUUGGAGAACUUUUGAGAAGCAAGAAGACUCUAUAUUGUUGACUGAUGCACUGAUUGGGAAGUUCCGAAAUGACUUACCACAGCAUGAACCUGCACAUAAUAAUUUAACAGACAACAAGCAGAACAUAGCAAAUUGGAAAGCCAGUCAGAAUGAUGCUAAUUUAUCUACCCCUGGUAUAAAUGAGUCGGCGAAAGCUGAUAGGUUGGUUACUCGGCCAUCAGCUUGGUCUGCACCAAAGACAGAAGUUGUCAAUCCUAAUGAGGGAGGUCUUGGAACCUCUUUGAGAGACCAGGGAUCAUCAAAGGGUAUCAAUGCUUGGCCAGGGCAAAUGCAAGGUUGGAAUGGUGAAAGAACAGCAGCAUCGUUCACUGGGAGCCCUUAUCAACCAUUAUCCCAUCCAAGUAGGGGCAGUCGAGGAGGAAAUUCUGGUAGAUGGAAUAGGAGUCAGGACCAUGGAAGUAAUUGGGGUUCAAACACACCCAUGGGGUCACAGCCUACUGGUCAGGUUUAUGACAAGCCACAUCCUCACUGGAGCUCUUCAAGCCAACAGUCUUCUGAAGAUAUGUCUAAGGUCCAAACAAGUGAAUUUCCAAAUCAGUGGAAAAAUGAUUCAUAUAAUCUUCCUACUGCACCACAGUCGGGCAGCAGAGACUCGACAGGUGAUCAAGGUGCUUUAAACAAAUCUUUUCCUUCAAGUGCUUCUGUUCAACCCAUGAUCUAUGGCUGGGGUACCACUCCAAGUAGCAGCGAAGCACACCGGUCUUUCUAUGCAAGUGGGAUGUCCAAUAAAAUUACUAUGUUAGAUUCUGUUGGGGAAUGGGGUUCAAGUGCUGUAACUCCUAUGCUUAAGCAAAGUGUCACUGCAGAUGGUGGUAAUCCUUAUCCUGCUGCAAUGUCCUCAAUGCCAAAUGCAGCUGAAGUGGUAGAAACCAUGGGGUCUUCCCAGCUUCCAGAUAAGGUAGAUGAUAGGGGAAAUUUUCAGAUAUCCAGUCAGCAGAAAAUUCCUCCUGUGCAUGAGUCAUCGAUGACUUUGGAAAACCAAUCAUCUCUUGAAUUGCCUUGUAGGGAUGAAGUUAUUUCCCCAACUACUGACACUCAGCUUGCUGGUGGCUUGGACAAGAACCAGUGCCCACAGAGUGAUGACGCACGUCCAGCUCCAAGAAGUGAGCAGGUAUCAGGUGACAUCUUGUCUUCUGGAUGUGGUGAGACAGUCCCUUCCCAAUUGAAUGACAGGCAGGACAAUCGUGUAGUCUGGCAAGGUCAACCUGAUCUUGGCAAAAAGUGGGCUGAAGCACAUGACAGAUUGGCUGAUAAAAGAAAGUCAUUGGUAGAUGGCAGGGGGUCGGAUCCUGGCUCUGUUGUUGAUGCACAUGAUACUAAUCUGAUCACUGAAUCCUAUGCAUUGGAGCCCAAAUCAGCUCAGCAAUCAGAAAUUUCUUCAGGCCCUAAUUUAGGGUCUGAAUCUCUAGGCUGGACAUCUCAUUCAGCUCCAAAACAAAAGCCUGACAGUUCAUGUCCCAUUCCUGCAUUUGCUGAGAAUAGAUCAGAACAAAAUCAAUCCCAAAGGCCAGAGUCAAGCCUCGCAGGUCCUGAGUGCAUCAAUUCUCAUAAUUCGGGAAUACCAUCAGAUGGGAAGAGCACUGAGCAUUUGAUGCCUGCUCCGGCAAUUAAAAUGAUUUCCUCUGAAUGGAGUGGUAGUGGUGUCAAUUCUAACGUUGGUAACAAUCAAAAUGUUCAAUUUGUCUCAUUGGAUGGUUCUAAGCCUUUGGCAUCUUCUCAGUGCGAGGCAUCUGCUGAACUUGCUCAACCAUCAAAUGCAGGCCUCAGUGCUGCAGCGCAUGGUCAGAGCAAUUUCUGGGGAGUGGCCCCACAAAAUCCAAACACGGGUACAGUAUCACAGGGAAAUGCAAAUAUGAAUUGGGCAACAACAAUACAAGGCAACAUGAACAUGGGCUGGGGUUUGGUUGCACAGAGCAAUAUUAACGUAUCUCAGGGAACACCAGCUCAAGGGUUUGCAAAUUUGAACAUGGGUUUGGGGACCCCACCUCAGGCAAAUAUGGUUGUGAAUGCAGGUUGGGUACCAGCAGCGCCGGGAAAUACAAUUGGAAAUCCAGCUUGGGGAACACCAUUUCAGGGAAACCCAAACCCUGGUACUGGCUGGGCGGCGCAUGUGCAGGGAAGUAUGUCAGUAAAUCCUGGUUGGGGCACGGUCCCACAGGGCAAUACAAACUCAAAUCCAAGAUUGGUAACACUGCCAUCAGGAAAUACAAACCAGAAUGCUAGCUGGGGAACGCCGACGCAGGGAAAUAUGGAUAUGAACUCAAAUUCUACUUGGGGAUCAGGACAAGGAAAUAUGAAUCCGACCUGGGAUCCAUCAGUUGGAGACCCGAACAGCUGGAACACUCCUCAAGCACAAGCUGGAGAUAGGCAUUCUGGUCAGAGUGGCAGCGACACAGGGAAUGCUGCUGGGAGGCCUAUGUGGAAUAGGAUUCAGUCUGGUGGUGGGGGAGGGUCAUCCCGACCUCCAAGAGGGCAAAGAGGAAUAUGCAGAUUCCAUGAGAAUGGGCACUGCAAGAAAGGAGCAUCCUGCAACUACAUUCAUUCAUGAUCGAGUAAGGUGGAGAAAAACAGUAUGGUUUCUUUUUUCUUUUUUGUACAUAGUCUCUCUUUUAGUUGGUUUGAAAGCUAUAUUGGCUUGGAAGCUGGUUUUGUCUUGCCAUUUGAAAGUUUGUGCAGUUAAAAUAGUAUUUUUGUAACCUUUUUAUUGGUAUACCCUACCCACAAACGGUAGAAAUAAGCCAUCCAGACAGAUCUGCAGUUGAUGUAACUGAGAUGGUAGCCUGUUCCUUCUUGGAGGCACAAUGUUGCGGCUGCCCAUAUGGUCCACAAGCUAAACACGGGGAUUUUGUCCUGACAGAGUAAGGUGAUCCAUGUCCUAAUAUUUUGUGUUUAUACAUGUGCUUGUGUACUGGCAAUCGUCUUCCAGCUGAGAAGUCAAAACAGAUUCGAGUUAAGCUCCGAAGCCAAUGGUUAGCUUGAUGAUUAAUAAGGGCCUUGAAACAGAAUCAAUUUCUCUGAAUCAUGAACUAGUAGCUCUUACAAGUGUGUUGUGCUAUUCUAUAAUUUCUCCCCUGGUAAUGCAAAAUUUUGGUCCUAUUUUACAUAAUUCUCUCAUGUUUUGAAGGGUUGCAAAAAGUUUAUUGCGUUUCCAGAAGUUCCAAGAAUUGUAAUUAAGCAUCAGCUGUCUAUAGAAAUUCUCAAAAGCUUCUGUAAUGACCAGUUUGAUUCA